CAUUCACAGUCGACAACGUACGACGUUUUUGUGUUACAUUUCCCACGAUGCACCAGGAGAGCGUUUUUCAAUAGCUCUGUUGUUUUGAGCUGCAGAGAAGCUGAUGUUGAGAAAGGCCACAGCGUUGGCUGUUGCCAAAGAGGCAGUCGGACACGAGUAUUCGGGAAGAACCUCUAUCUGGAGAUACGUAUUCAUUGCGAAAUACAUUAAUACACCUUCAAGGUUAAAUAAAGCUCAAUAAAAUAUGGGUCUUUAUUUACUAGCACAUCUCCCGAAAGGCCUGUGAGUGUCUGCAAGUCACCCACUCGUGUCUGCAAGUCACCCACUCGUGUCUGCAAGUCACCCACUCGUGUCUAAGGAGGAUUCCUCCCCCGUCAACUGAUCCGCACCACUGCCAUGCAAUGACAGCGGCCACGGCAACUCCGCAGCAGAUGAGAGACCGGCUGAUGCAGGCCAUCGAUGGCCAAAACAAUCAGAUCUGCAACAUGGUAGCUGUAAUGGAUGUCAUUUCCUAUUUGGAGAAAUAUCCCAUCACCAAAGAAGCACUUGAGGAAACCCGCCUUGGCAAGCUGAUCAACGACGUAAGGAAAAAGACAAAGGAUGAGGAUCUUGUCAAGCGUGCAAAGAAGCUCCUGCGCACCUGGCAGAAGCUGAUUGAGCCUGGGCAGAGUGAGGCACAGUCCAAGGGGCAUAGAGGGCCGCCAGGCGCUGCCAAUGGUGCUAACAACCCCUGCCGGACGGCUGUCUCCCCUCCAGCUGCCAUCCCGCCUUCGGAUAAAAUGGUUUCGGAGCUCAAGAGUAGAAAUGACUUCAACAACUGUUAUUCUCCCAAAGCAGAAAAGUCAGGCAACCGAAAACGCAAAGGGGAGCAGAGGGAUGGACAGCACCUACCAGCGAAAAUCUCUAAAAAAACAGCCUAUGAAAGAACACGAAACUCACGGCUGCCAAUAAAUGGAAUUGGGGCCAGUCCCAAGGCUUUUAUGGACACACUUGAUGCUCAUUCACAUCCAAAAUCAGACAAGGAUGGUGCUGAUCAUCUUGACGACAGACUCAACAAAAUUCCCAUCAACGCUGUCAAACCUCACCCUAGCUCACCGGGACUUGCCAAACCUCCUAGCACUUCCGCAUUGCUCAAAACGGCCGUGUUGCAACAGCAAGCCAAAAUGGACCUGGUUGCUUCAGGAAGGGGGCAACAUCAGCCCAAAAGCCCCCACAGAAACUCGUAUAGUCCCAGAAGUACGAAACAGGAUGUGGUUGUUAAACUGUCUGCACCAAAAGCAACAACUCUACUGAGCCCUGCUCAGAGUCCCAGGGUUAUGGACAGCUCUGGACUGGAGCCCUCUUCUUUGCCUUCUCCACAGCCUUUAACCUCAUGUAUCCAGGGUUCCCUCACUGUUGGGCCUCCGCCUGCAGAGUCCGCCCUUCAUCAGGACGGACCGGCAGACGUGGACCAACGCCUUCAGCACAGUACCAGCAUAGUACCUCUGCACAACUCAAAAGCCACGUCACGCAGCAAGGUGAAGGCGGAGGGCAAUGGUGCUGCCACUAGCACAGUGAGAAAGAGGAACAAAUACAGGUCCAGAGACUACACAGUGAACUUGGGUGGGCAGCCCACGGAAGAGAGCACAAAACCAUGUAGAUUAAAAGACCGUAGACUUACGUUUGACCCUGUAACAGGGCAGAUAAAAUCCUGGACCCACAAAGAGUCUUACCCAGAAUGGGAGGCUACAGUGGUGCCGGUCACACCAGAACCUCGGACAGAACUGCUCAAGCGGAAUCAAUAUGCACAGAAUACCCCUGUUACUCCCAGUCCAUUCCAACAGACCAACUGGAAAGAGCUGUCAAGGAAUGAAAUCAUCCAGUCUUACCUUAACCGUCAAAGCAAUGUGCUCACUUCAUCUGGGGCUCAAACCUCUGGGGCACACUUUUUCAUGAAAGAGGCCAGAAAAACACACGUGCUGGUACCAAAUAUCCCUGACACGGACUUACCUGGGGUGAGCCGAGAGGUCAUAAACGAGGACCUCGACAGAAUACACAAAGAGCACUGGCCUGGGGUGAACGGGUGCCAUGACACCAAGGACAACUGGUAUGAUUGGACAGAGUGCAUAUCCUUAGAACCACAUGGGGAUGAGAGCAAACUGAACAUUCUGCCAUAUGUCUGCCUAGACUGAGAGUUUAAUGAGCUGUGGUUUCUGAAUUAAGAGGGAUAAAUAGCGCCUUCCUUUGCUCCCUUCUUGAGGGUUGUGUAAGUUUGGAGUGCAAAAAGGCACUUGUCGGUGGUAGAACCUGCUCACUCCUUUGCAGAGAUGGUGUAAGAGAGGCCUUGCUAAUUGUGCUGUCUAUAAAAAGCAAUAGCUGAUCAGUGUUCGAUGGGAGACAGCUCAGCUGUAGCAUCACUGAAGUUCUUUGAGUGGAAAGGUUCCAUGCAUUGUGUGCAAAAUGCAAAGAGUUUAAGGUGCCCUGUAACUUUAUUAAGGAACCUGUUUGGCAGGUACAAGCUGGCAAAGAGAGUGAAAUGUGUGGUUAUCAUGUAUGCAUUUAUUUAUCUGGACUUAUUGUCACUAAUUUGUUAGUUACAUACAUGUGCAAAACAACUUUCAUUGAAGUCACUUAUUCAAUCAGUUCUGCUUCUCAGAUAUGGUAAACCUGUGCUUUGCAUAUUUUCUCACAAAAAUGUAUGUUUAACGCGGUAGCAACAUUCCAUACCAUAAUACAACUAGAACGGUUCUUGCCCGAACUCCAAUUUAUAUUAAUAUACCGGACAACAAAAUUGCAAUUGCAAACCAGAUGCUAAAACAUUGCAACUUUGUACUGUGAGGAAAAACAGAAAAAAAAACAGAAAAAUAAAUUGUUUAUAUGCUGGAAAUAUACUUGUUACCAUUCCUUUAGAUAUUGUUUGCCUUGUGGAAACCAAUUUGUUUCCUAAAAUGGAGCCUUAGUGAAUGUAUAGAAAUGUGCCAUUUGUGUUCAGUUGAAUGCAGGAGAGAACAUAUUUGAUACUUGGUCCUUUUUAAAUGGACACAUUGAUACAGUAUGUGUUAAUAAAUACAAUGCAUAAAUUGUGAA